UCCACCCUGACAGUCCUUUCUGGUUAUUUUUAAGGCUCCAGCCAUCCUUGUUCAGGGUGGAAUUUCCAGGAACUGGCUGCAGCUUGGAGCCAGUCAGGUCCCUCCCAGCCUUCCCACUCCCUGCAGGGUGGGGCCACAUGGGUGGAGGCCCAGCAGGGUGGAGUGAGGUGGGUCGCCAGUGAUAGGGAGGGCACCUAGUGAGCCAGGCAGAUGAGAGGCCAUGUGGUCUCACGCAGCCCUUCUGGAUUUGAUUAUAUAACGCCUCACAGAGGAGACUAGGCCGGUGAGGGCUUAGGCGAGGCCUCAGGAGCUGUGUGUGUACACACCAGGAUUAAGACAUUGUGGGUAGCUUUCAAUUUAUCUUGGGUUGCCUGCCCUUAAAACUAAAACACGGAAUUGUCAAGCGGGCAUAAAGGAGGAAAACAAAUAUGUAACCCAAGUACUAACCAGGUGCCCUUGAAUGCGAGGGUUGGCCCGAAGGGCAGCAGUAUGGGUCUGGGUACGCUUACCACAGCCCUAGCCGAGCUGUGGGGCUGGUGUGGGACGGGGGAGGGAUUCUCCUGGGUCGUUACCUUUCCACCUGUCCUUAUUUACAUGUAAAAUCAAUUGCUUCACUCGGUCUUUCCGAAGUACAGGGUGUGGGCGGAAUCUUAUCUGAAGCCAUGUCCUGUUUGGACAAGUUGGACUCGCCCUGGCAGCUCUCCAUGGGGUGGAGUCGAUGGGUGGAGGCAGAAAAGUAAAAUUGGGUGGCUUGUUCACAGAGAGGAGAGGGCGGACUGUUGGCUCACUGGAUCAUUACAUCCCAUCUGAAUCGAAAUAAUUAACCUCUCUCCCGUUUACAAAACACAUGAAUGCAAAAAUAAUUUAUGAGAGGCAAAGACUUGGAGGUAUCCCGCGGAGUUCUUUUCAGAUCAGCAGUGGAAGAGUGAGGCCAAACACCAGAACACCUUAGAAAGGCUUAAGUAAAAGAAUGCUCAUGUUUGACCCAGUCCCUGUCAAGCAAGAGGCCAUGGACCCUGUCUCGGUGUCCUACCCGUCGACUUACAUAGAAUCCAUGAAGCCCAGCAAGUAUGGGGUCAUUUAUUCCACGCCGUUAACUGACAAGUUCUUCCAGGCCCCAGAAGGCCUUACUCACGGGAUACAGAUGGAGCCAGUGGACCUCACUGUGAACAAGCGGGGCUCCCCACCCUCCGCCGGCAGCUCCCCUUCCUCCCUGAAAUUUCCGUCUCACCGGAGAGCAUCGCCUGGGCUGAGCAUGCCGUCCUCCAGCCCACCCAUUAAGAAGUACUCACCCCCUUCUCCCGGCGUGCAGCCCUUCGGGGUACCACUGUCCAUGCCGCCGGUGAUGGCGGCUGCACUGUCCAGACACGGAAUCCGCAGCCCGGGCAUCCUCCCUGUCAUCCAGCCUGUUGUUGUGCAGCCCGUCCCUUUUAUGUACACCAGCCACCUCCAGCAGCCACUCAUGGUCUCCUUGUCGGAAGAGAUGGACAAUUCAAACAGUAGCAUGCAAGUACCUGUAAUUGAAUCAUAUGAGAAGCCCAUGUUACAGAAAAAAAUUAAAACGGAGCCUGGAAUUGAACCACAGAGGACAGACUAUUACCCUGAAGAAAUGUCACCCCCUUUAAUGAACUCAGUGUCCCCCCCGCAAGCACUGUUGCAAGAGAACCACCCUUCGGUCAUAGUGCAGCCAGGGAAGAGACCCCUCCCUGUGGAAUCCCCGGACACCCAAAGGAAGCGGAGGAUACACAGAUGUGACUACGACGGAUGCAACAAAGUCUACACGAAGAGCUCACACUUGAAAGCACACAGAAGAACUCACACCGGAGAAAAGCCCUACAAAUGCACCUGGGAAGGCUGUACAUGGAAGUUUGCUCGGUCAGAUGAACUAACAAGACAUUUCCGGAAGCACACUGGGAUCAAACCUUUCCAGUGCCCAGACUGUGACCGAAGCUUCUCUCGCUCCGACCAUCUUGCCCUACACAGGAAACGCCACAUGCUGGUCUGAAAGCCUUGCCUCCACUUCAGUGUGACUCCCCACUUGCCCGCGCUCU